AUGUCAGAUGAAAACCAUAACAGUGAUGUUCAAGAUAUUCCUUCACCUGAACUAUCCGUCGAUAGUAACUCUAACGAGAAUGAAUUGAUGAAUAACUCAAGCGCAGACGAUGGAAUCGAAUUUGACGCCCCAGAGGAAGAAAGAGAAGCCGAAAGGGAGGAGGAAAAUGAAGAACAACACGAACUGGAAGAUGUGAACGAUGAAGAGGAGGAAGAUAAGGAGGAAAAAGGAGAGGAAAACGGGGAAGUAAUAAACACAGAAGAAGAAGAAGAAGAAGAACAUCAACAAAAAGGCGGAAAUGAUGAUGACGAUGAUGAUAAUGAAGAGGAAGAAGAGGAAGAAGAGGAUGAUGACGAUGAUGAUGAUGACGACGAUGAUGAUGAAGAAGAAGAAGAAGAAGAAGAAGAAGAAGGCAACGACAACAGUUCGGUAGGCUCAGAUAGUGCCGCUGAAGACGGUGAGGAUGAGGAAGACAAAAAGGAUAAAACCAAAGAUAAAGAGGUCGAACUUCGCCGUGAAACAUUGGAAAAAGAACAAAAGGACGUAGAUGAAGCUAUAAAAAAAAUAACUCGUGAAGAAAAUGAUAAUACUCACUUUCCAACUAAUAUGGAAAAUGUUAAUUACGAUCUUUUACAAAAGCAAGUCAAGUACAUUAUGGACAGUAACAUGCUAAAUUUGCCUCAGUUUCAACAUUUACCUCAAGAAGAAAAGAUGUCUGCGAUUUUAGCAAUGUUAAAUUCAAAUUCUGACACAGCUCUUUCCGUACCUCCUCAUGAUAGUACUAUCUCAACAACAGCUAGCGCCUCAGCCACAAGCGGCGCAAGAAGCAAUGAUCAAAGAAAACCUCCAUUGUCAGAUGCCCAAAGACGUAUGAGAUUUCCUAGGGCGGAUUUAUCUAAGCCGAUUACCGAAGAAGAACACGACCGUUAUGCAGCCUAUUUGCACGGUGAAAAUAAAAUCACCGAGAUGCACAAUAUUCCUCCGAAGUCAAGAUUAUUCAUUGGUAAUUUGCCGCUAAAGAACGUUUCUAAGGAGGAUUUAUUUAGGAUUUUCUCUCCAUACGGUCAUAUCAUGCAAAUCAAUAUCAAAAAUGCCUUUGGAUUCAUUCAGUUUGACAACCCUCAAAGCGUUAGAGAUGCAAUUGAAUGCGAGUCUCAAGAAAUGAACUUUGGCAAAAAGUUGAUCCUGGAAGUUUCUAGCUCGAAUGCUCGUCCUCAAUUUGAUCAUGGUGAUCACGGUACAAACAGUAGUUCUACUUUUAUUUCUUCCGCAAAACGACCAUUUCAAACUGAAUCUGGUGACAUGUACAAUGACGACAAUGGUGCUGGCUACAAGAAAUCCAGAAGACACACCGUUUCUUGCAACAUUUUCGUUAAAAGAACCGCAGAUCGUACGUAUGCCAUUGAGGUUUUCAACAGGUUUAGGGACGGGACUGGUUUGGAAACUGAUAUGAUUUUCUUGAAACCAAGAAUGGAACUGGGAAAGCUUAUCAAUGAUGCCGCAUAUAAUGGGGUGUGGGGCGUUGUUUUAGUUAAUAAAACACACAAUGUAGAUGUUCAAACUUUCUACAAAGGCUCACAAGGUGAAACGAAAUUUGAUGAAUAUAUUAGCAUAUCCGCUGAUGACGCAGUUGCCAUUUUUAAUAACAUCAAAAACAACAGAAAUAAUUCUCGUCCUACUGAUUACCGUGCUAUGAGCCAUCAGCAAAACAUAUAUGGCGCUCCUCCUCUUCCUGUUCCAAACGGCCCAGCUGUCGGACCUCCUCCUCAAACAAACUAUUACCAGGGUUACAGUAUGCCUCCUCCACAACAACAACAGCAACAGCCAUAUGGUAAUUAUGGGAUGCCACCACCAUCCCAUGACCAAGGAUAUGGUUCUCAACCUCCAAUUCCAAUGAAUCAGAGCUACGGUCGCUACCAGACUUCUAUUCCACCACCACCUCCACAACAACAAAUUCCUCAAGGGUAUGGUCGUUAUCAGGCUGGUCCGCCUCCUCAACCACCUUCUCAAACUCCAAUGGACCAGCAACAACUAUUAUCUGCCAUUCAAAACCUUCCACCUAACGUUGUAUCGAAUUUGCUUUCAAUGGCCCAACAACAGCAACAACAACCUCAUGCUCAGCAGCAAUUGGUUGGUUUAAUACAAUCAAUGCAAGGCCAGGCUCCUCAACAACAGCAACAACAGUUGGGUGGAUAUUCCUCUAUGAACUCAUCCUCUCCCCCUCCUAUGAGUACCAAUUACAAUGGUCAAAAUAUAUCUGCAAAACCCUCUGCCCCACCAAUGUCACACCAACCUCCGCCACCUCAACAACAACAACAACAACAACAACAGCAACAGCAACAGCAACAGCAACCUGCUGGCAAUAAUGUUCAAAGUCUAUUAGAUAGUUUAGCAAAACUACAAAAAUAG